GGCUUUACGAAGGCCGGAAUACGAAGGAAUAAGGGCACUUGACGCAGACCGGACCGCGCCGCGAACCCAAGCUCGCUCCGAAGGUAACCAUUUACCGUCCCUUCCCUGCAAGUUAUUUCUGCCUUGUCACAGCGAAGCGAUCGCGAAAGUAUGGCUGCGAAUCAGCCCGAGGCAACGAGGCUUUUGAGCAUCCAGAGUCAUGUUGUGUGCGGCUAUGUUGGUAACCGAUCCGCAACGUUUCCCCUGCAGCUGCUGGGCUGGGAGGUCGAUGUAAUCAACACUGUGCAGUUCUCGAAUCAUACCGGCUUUGGGCGAUGGGGCGGAAUGCGCUUCGACGAGAAGCACAUCGACGAUCUUGUUGGUGGACUAGAUAAGAAUGGAUUACUACGGUAUGCCAGAGUAUUAACAGGCUACAUUCCGUCGCCAAACGCCCUCUUGUCCGUCCAACGGGCAGUCAAGCGACUACGGCAGCUCAACCCAUCUCUGAUCUAUGUUUUGGACCCAGUCAUGGGGGACAUCGGCCGUGGUAUGUACGUCAACCCUGAUGUGCUGCCGAUCUAUAAGAGCAUGCUACCGCUGUCGAGCAUUAUCACCCCGAACCAAUUCGAAGCAGAGAUCCUCACUGACAAAAAGAUCACCAGCUUGGACACGCUCCUGGCGGUGCUGCAGACGUUGCACGUACAACACCGUGUCCCGCACGUACUCAUCACGUCCGUCGAGCUGCCGGACGAAGACCUGCAUAAACAGGGUAUUGCACGCACGCAGCCCGAUGGCUCGCCACUGAUGCUCCUCGUCGGCUCAAGCGUACAGCAAACGCUGUGCACUGCCGUUGCAGAAGCGCGACCUUGGUACAUUCAAUUCCCCGAAGUAGAAGGGUACUUUUCUGGCGUCGGUGACCUCUUUGCAGCCAUGAUUGUUGGCCGCUAUAUGCGACCUGCUGAAGCGCAGUCGGCUGCUUCAUCUGCAUUUUCAUCACAACCUGCCUCGCCGGCGCCGCAGCCGGCGCCGUCGGCGACAUCGUCCGACGCUGCUACCCCGCCUGCAUUCCUGCGGACACCAUCCGCGAUGCUGGAUGAGGUACACUCGGCUCCUACACCGCUAUCGCGUGCCGCUGAGCUUGCCAUUGCAAGCGUACAAGCGGUGCUGGCGAAGACGUCCGAGGCGAUCGCAAAGGUGCCGCCGAUGCCUACGCGCCAGGAAUGGGAGGCGAGCAGGGCCGCGACAGCCGAUGGUCCUACUACCCUAGACGAAGGCACAGAGGAGGCGAGGGAAAAGGCUUGGGAGGUGCAGAAAAAGGUGGAGAUAUUUCGACGGCGCGAGCUAAAGAUUGUGCAGAGCCAAAAGCAGAUCGACCAGCCAAUUGUACGGUACAAGGCACGAUGGCUUCUGCCUAAUGCUUAGAGGAGUAUGAAACAAUCA